AUGUUAAAUAAAUAUUUUUCAUUUUAUAAGGUUUGUAGAGAAAAGACUAAGCUAUAUAAUUACAUAAAAAGUGUAUUUAUAGAAAAAAUAGAAUAAAUCGAAGAUAGUUUGAUCUAUUCAAAUGACUUACCAUAUGCUGUGUUAAGUUUAGAAAACUCAAGAUUUAUAAAUCCUAAUAUUGGAUAAAAAUUAGCAAAUACUGCAAAGUUAGUUUUUCAUAACAAUGAUUUAACAAAAUUAAAAUCUGCUUAAUUUGCAGUUGAAAUUUUAAAUUCUUUAUAUUAAUAUGCUGAUAAAUCAGAUACUGAAUUGUAUAAAGAAAUUUAUAAAUUUUACUAAAACCAUCCUUAUUUAUUUGAUAAAAAUUUGAUUUCCAGAUUAUAAUAUUAUUAUCAUUAGUUAGCAGAGAAUGCUCAUUUUGAAGAUUUAGUUGAAAUAGAUGGAAGUGUUGGUGCUAUUACUAAUACAAGAAUGUUUACACCUGUAGUUUUGGAUUUAUAUAACAUAAAGAGAUAAAGUUAUUGGAAUUUAAUUGUCAGAUAUGAUCCAAAUAAAUUAACUAGUACAGCAACAUUAACUCAUAAAUCUGGAAUUACUAUAAGAAUGUAAGGUGUUUAUCCAAAUAAUUAUGAAGAUAUAACAGAUACAAAAUAAUUGAUAGCUGAGAAAAGAUUUGAUGCAGUUAUUUUGAAUUUAGCUCCUGUGACUAUUACUUAAUUAGAUGAGAAUAAAAAAUUUGAUAUAAUAAAUAAAAUAACUAGUAAUUUAGAAUCUAAUAAAGUUUUUAAAGAUAAAGUUGAAUAAGUUUUAGUUACUGAUUAUGAACCUAUUGUUUAAGAAUUAAAAAAGUAUCUCAGAAUUGAUAAUUCUAAAUUAAUUCUUACAGGUAUUUAAUAAGGUUUUGAAGUACCAUACACAUUAGAAUCAUUAUUAUAUUAAUUUUCUAUGUAAAGAUAAGAUUCAAAUUAACCUCAUUUAAUUUUAGGUGGAUUAGGAAUUGAAGAUAAAUUAAAAUUGUUUUUAAAUCAAAUUAACCCUUAAAAAAUAACUUAAGAAUUAUAAACACUUAGAUUUAAAUGGUUAAAUUAAGUUUUUUCACAUGUUGCUAAAGCAUAAAAAAUAGGAUGCUUUGUUUGUGGUACAUAACCUGAGGCCAUUAAUCCACCUUCAAAGAUCUUGAAUGAAAACCCUAUUAUAUAGAAUAUUCAAUCAAAAUUUUUGGCUGAUAUCACUUUAAAAUAUAUUGGAAAUAGUACAAAAAAGGAUAUUUUAUUAGUUGUAAAUUAAUCAAUAUUUUAUGAUACUCUAAAAAAUAUUGUUGAAUCUUAAAUUAUAAAAAAUGAUUUUAAUAUUGAUGAAUAUAGAUCUGAUCUUAUUAAAUAAAAAUUAGGAACAUCACCCUUAAAUUAAAAUUAUCUAAAUUUAUUUAAAUAAUUUUAUGAAGAGUAAUUUUAUCAUAUAAUAUAUAUAGUUCCUUAUAGACAAAUUAAAUCUAUAAAUUAUGCACUUAAGAGAUAUUAGACUUGAAUAAAAUCUCAAAAUUAAAAUAUAUUCCAGGAUAAUAAAUUCGCUGUGGUAUAAGAGACAUUUUAUUUUGA